AAAAAUUAUUUCCCUAUUCCAUUUUUUUCUUUUCAAACUCUACAAAUAGAAGUACAUUGUACAUAGUUUGUACUAUGUAGGCGGUUCCGUAACCGUUAUAUUCAAUAAUAAUGUGGCUAAGUAUAUUCUUUACCAAUAAUUCGGAGGACGUGUAUACGAACAUCUCCCGGAAUUGGUUUCAAGAAAUUGCUUAUGUAAGUUCGCCACCCGCCGCCGCAACCAACGCCCACGGUCUUCCUGGAAUGUUUACAAAUGACAUAUGUAUAUCAUAAAAUUAGAAUACUUCAAAAUAAAUGCAACAUGGAAUCCUCGUAAAAUCAACACUUUUCAAGAACACAAUGCUUGAAGGACCUAAUAGAAAAUCCACUAAGGAUGAAGCACACAUACAAAUAUGCUCAAUAAAUGAAUGGAUUUGAAAACCACAUACAUUUUGUCAGAAUGAACGUGGAUACUAAUGAUCGCUUUGGUGGAUAAUUAAACACAAUCUGUACUGCUGCUGCGGCUGCUACUGCUUCUGCCUCCAUCCAGUAAAGAAGGAAAACAAAAAGAAACAAGCUUGCUUGACCGUCCUUGCUCUGCCAUAAGAAAAACAGCGCAAAUGGGUUUUCCUAUAAAGGACCUAAUUUCCUUUAUUGGUACCAUGUGUCUUCGAUGUUGCCAAGGGUGUUAUAUUAAAAGGCUCAUGUUAUAAAUUAAUAUCUAAAAGACGACGCACACACAAUUCCCAGUAGAUGCGGAAUAAAUUCAUUAUUCCUGGUUAUUUUCACACACCACCAUCUGGUGGCCUAGCAAUACCGCACACACUAUAACCAAGGUACCUAACCAAUCGGACUUACUAAUGCGACAAAAUGUACAACCGUUCGUGUCAAUGGCCAAACUUUACCGACUGCAGCAGCAAUAGUGCCAAUCUAACGCUGUUCAAGGAUAACCUGCUGGACGUUGAAUUUGAAUUGGAACUCAAUGAGACUGCGGAUUGGCCACUGGAGCGUGUGGUUUCGAUGGUUGUGCCUGUAUUUUUCGGAAUAAUUGGAUUAGCUGGACUACUGGGAAAUGCCUUGGUGAUAUUGGUCUCUUUUCAGAAUCUUCAACUGGUCGUGGCAAAUCAGCAAAUGCGCUCCACAACAAAUUUACUAAUAAUAAACUUGGCCGUGUCCGAUAUCCUUUUUGUGAUAUUCUGCGUACCAUUCACGGCCACCGACUAUGUUCUACCCGAAUGGCCCUUCGGUAAUUUAUGGUGCAAAUUUGUCCAGUAUAUGAUUGUGGUAACAUGUCACUGCAGCGUAUACACUCUUGUCCUUAUGUCCUUCGACCGAUUUUUGGCUGUGGUACAUCCUGUUACCAGUAUGUCACUGCGAACGGAACGUAACGCUAUGCUGGCGAUUUGUCUGGCAUGGAUACUCAUCGUUACAACAGCGACCCCCGUUGCCUUGGCACACGCAGUCAGGAUUUACAAAUUCAAAGGACACAACUAUACAGCCUGUGUGUUCUCGACCGAGGAAGGUGUUUGGAGUUUGGUUGGGUUUCAGGUGUCGUUUUUCCUAUCAUCAUACGUUGCACCACUAACGUUAAUAUCCUUCCUCUACAUGGGUAUGUUGGCACGUCUAUGGAAAAGUGCUCCUGGAUGCAAGCCCUCAGCUGAAUCAAGGAAAGGCAAAAGAAGAGUUACUCGAAUGGUGGUGGUUGUCGUCCUAGCAUUUGCCAUUUGUUGGCUUCCAAUUCAUGUGAUACUGGUCCUGAAAGCGUUAAAUUUAUAUGCCAGCUCUCAUGUAACUGUGAUUCUUCAAAUCGUUUCACAUGUGUUGGCCUACACAAAUUCCUGCAUUAAUCCGAUCCUGUACGCCUUUUUAUCGGAUAACUUCCGAAAGGCAUUUAGAAAGAUUGUAUGGUGUGGCAGUCCUCCUCCGUUGUUACAUCCGAAUCAAGUUACAAAAACAACAAGGACCACUGGAAAUGGCACUUCAAAUAUCGAUAUGCUAAUAAGAGCUAAUUGGGCGGUUGCCAAUGCAUCAAGACAACAGAAGUCUAAAUCAAUUCAAAAGAGGUUAAAGAGAAAGAUAGCAGCUUAUGAGAAGAAGCCUAAAAAUUAUCAGUUAAACUGAUAUAAAUAAUCCGAUUUUUUAAAACUCUGCCGCCCUCUGUUUUCUUAAGCAGUAACUACAUUGCAUCAAACUCUGGAGAUUAAAUGUUCAAGAUUUUAACGUAAAUACUUUUUGCCAAUACACUUUUUUUUGCUAUCAAAUGGAAUCGAAAUAAAUUGGUUUUAAGGAUAAUGGGGAGGAGGUACAUCCAAAUCUGUAUUUAUAUAUGCCAUAUGGCCAAUUUCAUUAAGUCCUUUUAAAUAUUCAUCAGGCUUUUACAUCCUUAAAUGAUUUUUGUUCCAUACGAAAAACGUCAUUUAAAUAUUUAAAAGCCUGUUCAAUGUUUAUGGGCCAUUAGACUUCAAGGAAGUAUGAAAUGAAAAGAAAAUAUUUGUCAUGUCAACGUAAUUUAACUGUUUUAUUCACGUAGGUAAUAUAUGAACACCACCAUUUCUAGUCGACUUGUUUCCUUCGAUAUAUAUUUGAAAAAAAUCCUUGCGGACAAAUCGCCACCUACACGUUUCAAUUUUAUUUCCUACUAAAAUACAUUUAUAAAAGUUUCCAGGUAGGUACUAACACUCAUCCCAUUUCUCUAGGACAUUGUUUUUUUAUCGAUGACCCUUCGUCUAUUCGAAUAGGGUUGAGUAUGAGUAUACUUCGUGGAACUAUAGAAUAUGUAUUCAACCGUGAACAAAGUUUCAAGAACUUGGUAUCAAUACUUUUUUUUUUCAAAUAUUUUUACUUGCAGUGUAUUUGUAUUUUUUCGAAAAUUUUUUUUGCAUUAUAAAUCAUGCAUUUAAACUCAUACAUCAAAUAACUUCACAUGGUUAUUAUUGUGUGGGGCUUAAAGACAAUGAUACUGAGAGUUAUAAAUUAAUGUCACAGCUUCAAAAAAAAACAAAAAAAGCUCUGAACAGGACGUGGAUUAAAUGAAAUCCUUAAUAUCCUGAUCAAUUUUUCCAACUUUGACUUGAUGUAACGCAAUGUUUACUCUCGUCAAUUCUAGUUGUUUUUUUUUUUUCAUUUGCCAAUACAAAUCGAAGCAUAAUUUAACCAGAUUUUGUAUCUAAUAAUGAGAAUAUUUUUUUGAAAAAUUAAUUUCAAAAGCAACAUCUACGAGUUGAAAAAUGAUUCUUUUCCAGAAAUGUUCACUAGAAGAUUUUGUAGGUAUCUUCAGAUUUUUAAUUUUUCAAUAUGAACAAUUUUUUGUAAAUUUUUUUUAAAUAACACUGCACCGGCACCCUUUUUAAUUUUGUUAAUCCUCUGUUUAA